GUGUUGACGUCACUUUGCGUCACUUUGUGUAGUUUGGUCUGUAUCGUUUGGUACGCUUUUGUGUGAUUGCUUUUUACUACGAAUUGAUUAAAUCUGCGUUGCAAAUAUAUUCUUGUAAAUUAUUUCAACUCGUUUAGUAUUUCAGAUCUCCAACUAUGCAGAUCUUUGUAAAAACAUUAACUGGAAAAACCAUCACCCUCGAUGUUGAAUCUUCAGACACAAUAGAAAAUGUAAAGGCCAAGAUUCAAGACAAGGAAGGAAUUCCUCCAGACCAGCAGCGCUUAAUCUUUGCUGGCAAACAAUUAGAAGAUGGGAGAACUCUCUCAGAUUACAACAUCCAAAAAGAAUCGACCCUUCAUCUUGUAUUGCGUCUUCGAGGUGGAAUGCAGAUCUUCGUUAAAACAUUAACAGGUAAAACCAUCACGCUGGAGGUUGAAGCUUCAGACACGAUAGAAAAUGUAAAGGCCAAGAUCCAAGACAAGGAAGGAAUUCCUCCCGACCAGCAGCGUUUAAUCUUUGCUGGCAAACAAUUAGAAGAUGGGAGAACUCUCUCAGACUAUAACAUCCAAAAAGAAUCGACCCUUCAUCUAGUAUUGCGUCUUCGAGGUGGAAUGCAGAUCUUCGUUAAAACAUUAACAGGUAAAACCAUUACCCUGGAGGUUGAAGCUUCAGACACGAUAGAAAAUGUAAAGGCCAAAAUCCAAGACAAAGAAGGAAUUCCUCCUGACCAGCAGCGUUUAAUCUUUGCUGGUAAACAAUUAGAAGAUGGGAGAACUCUCUCAGACUAUAACAUCCAAAAAGAAUCGACCCUUCAUCUAGUAUUGCGUCUUCGAGGUGGAAUGCAGAUCUUCGUUAAAACAUUGACAGGUAAAACCAUCACCCUGGAAGUUGAAGCUUCGGACACAAUAGAAAAUGUAAAGGCCAAGAUCCAAGACAAAGAAGGAAUUCCUCCAGACCAGCAGCGUUUAAUCUUUGCUGGCAAACAAUUAGAAGAUGGCAGAACUCUCUCAGACUAUAACAUCCAAAAAGAAUCGACCCUUCAUCUAGUAUUGCGUCUUCGAGGUGGAAUGCAGAUCUUCGUUAAAACAUUAACAGGUAAAACCAUCACGCUGGAGGUUGAAGCUUCAGACACGAUAGAAAAUGUAAAGGCCAAGAUCCAAGACAAGGAAGGAAUUCCUCCCGACCAGCAGCGCUUAAUCUUUGCUGGCAAACAAUUAGAAGAUGGGAGAACUCUCUCAGAUUACAACAUCCAAAAAGAAUCGACCCUUCAUCUAGUAUUGCGUCUUCGAGGUGGAAUGCAGAUCUUCGUUAAAACAUUAACAGGUAAAACCAUCACGCUGGAGGUUGAAGCUUCAGACACGAUAGAAAAUGUAAAGGCCAAGAUCCAAGACAAGGAAGGAAUUCCUCCCGACCAGCAGCGUUUAAUCUUUGCUGGCAAACAAUUAGAAGAUGGGAGAACUCUCUCAGACUAUAACAUCCAAAAAGAAUCGACCCUUCAUCUAGUAUUGCGUCUUCGAGGUGGAAUGCAGAUCUUCGUUAAAACAUUAACAGGUAAAACCAUCACGCUGGAGGUUGAAGCUUCAGACACGAUAGAAAAUGUAAAGGCCAAGAUCCAAGACAAGGAAGGAAUUCCUCCCGACCAGCAGCGUUUAAUCUUUGCUGGCAAACAAUUAGAAGAUGGGAGAACUCUCUCAGACUAUAACAUCCAAAAAGAAUCGACCCUUCAUCUAGUAUUGCGUCUUCGAGGUGGAAUGCAGAUCUUCGUUAAAACAUUAACAGGUAAAACCAUCACGCUGGAGGUUGAAGCUUCGGACACAAUAGAAAACGUAAAAGCCAAGAUCCAAGACAAGGAAGGAAUUCCUCCAGACCAGCAGCGUUUAAUCUUUGCUGGUAAACAAUUAGAAGAUGGGAGAACUCUCUCAGACUAUAACAUCCAAAAAGAAUCGACCCUUCAUCUAGUAUUGCGUCUUCGAGGUGGAAUGCAGAUCUUCGUUAAAACAUUGACAGGUAAAACCAUCACCCUGGAAGUUGAAGCUUCGGACACAAUAGAAAACGUAAAGGCCAAGAUCCAAGACAAAGAAGGAAUUCCUCCAGACCAGCAGCGUUUAAUCUUUGCUGGCAAACAAUUAGAAGAUGGCAGAACUCUCUCAGACUAUAACAUCCAAAAAGAAUCGACCCUUCAUCUAGUAUUGCGUCUUCGAGGUGGAAUGCAGAUCUUCGUUAAAACAUUAACAGGUAAAACCAUCACGCUGGAGGUUGAAGCUUCAGACACGAUAGAAAAUGUAAAGGCCAAGAUCCAAGACAAGGAAGGAAUUCCUCCCGACCAGCAGCGUUUAAUCUUUGCUGGCAAACAAUUAGAAGAUGGGAGAACUCUCUCAGACUAUAACAUCCAAAAAGAAUCAACUCUUCAUCUAGUAUUGCGUCUUCGAGGUGGAAUGCAGAUCUUCGUUAAAACAUUAACAGGUAAAACCAUUACCCUGGAGGUUGAAGCUUCGGACACAAUAGAAAACGUAAAAGCCAAGAUCCAAGACAAGGAAGGAAUUCCUCCAGACCAGCAGCGUUUAAUCUUUGCUGGUAAACAAUUAGAAGAUGGGAGAACUCUCUCAGACUAUAACAUCCAAAAAGAAUCGACCCUUCAUCUAGUAUUGCGUCUUCGAGGUGGAAUGCAGAUCUUCGUUAAAACAUUAACAGGUAAAACCAUCACGCUGGAGGUUGAAGCUUCGGACACAAUAGAAAACGUAAAAGCCAAGAUCCAAGACAAGGAAGGAAUUCCUCCAGACCAGCAGCGUUUAAUCUUUGCUGGUAAACAAUUAGAAGAUGGGAGAACUCUCUCAGACUAUAACAUCCAAAAAGAAUCGACCCUUCAUCUAGUAUUGCGUCUUCGAGGUGGAAUGCAGAUCUUCGUUAAAACAUUGACAGGUAAAACCAUCACCCUGGAAGCUGAAGAUUCAGAUACAAUAGAAAAGGUAAACGCCAUGCUGUUUGAAGAAGAAGGGAUCUGUAAUUAGAAUUCUCGAGAACUCUUUCAGGUCAUCUUCAAUGUUGAACGGAACGCUUUAGAAUGUGUUUCCUGGUUCAAUAUAUUCCAUUUAAUCAAUUAAUACUUAACUCGACCAUCAAAGAGUUUUGUUAUGCCGGAAAUUUGAGUGUAAGGAAACCUCACUGCAGUUAGUGACUUCAUGGAAAUUCAUGUAUUGUAACUGACUGCUGAUAGUAAUAUCUCUAUCGGCGAUAUCUAGUAAAAUCGGUAGUAUUGAUAGUGUUUACUUUUUUAUGUAAAUUUCAUCUUCAGUACUUCUUGCUAUCAGUAUAUAUUAAUUUUGUUAUUGGUAUGUAAUCCCAAGAAUGGCAAAUUGUAUUGAUCUAGU